GUCAGAGGCAACCAGAAGGCACUUGGACGGCGAAAGGAACACACACACGCACACCACGACCAAGAGGGAUAGACAGGGAUAGUGUGCCGUCUUAAUUCUUGUGAUCGCUACCGUAGUCAUGUUUCUCUCGUGUGUUUUCGUGAGUCUUCUUCUCGCUCUUGUGCCGCAGGCACACAGCCAUAUGGUGAUGGAGGAACCGCCAUCGAGGAACGGGAUGUGGCGCCUGGGCUUCAAUGUGCCACCCCACCCCCAAGAUGACUACCUCGUCUGCACCCACACCCGGAAAGCCCCCUGCCCUCCCUGUGGCGACAAGCCCGACACACCGAGACCCCGCCCUCAUGAACUAGGAGGCACGUGGGGCACAGGGACCAUCGUGAGGACCUACACUUUGGGCCAGAGGAUCCAAGUGCGGGUGAAUGUCACAAAUAGUCACGGUGGGAAGCUGAGGUUCAACCUGUGUCCUCACGUUGAACCAAACACACCCGUGGAACAGAGCUGCUUUGACAAGCAUGCCCUGAAGGUUGUGGGUCAAAGAUCAAAGGCAGUGCAACUGACUGCCCCAAACGGCUCUUCAGAGAUAAAGUCUGUGGAGCUCAGGCUUCCAUAUGACGUCACGUGUAACCACUGUGUGCUGCAGAUGACAAACAUUGCACAAGAAUUCAAGCCAUCAACAGUCAUGUUCCGCAACUGUGCUGACAUCGCCAUCCAGGGCACAGCCAAGACAAGCCUGGCUGGUGGACCCCCACUGGAGCACCUUCCCUCUGCGCUUGAUCUCCACACCCGCAGCGGCUUUGGUUCUGGAUACGAGGAGCAGAAACAGUAUCGCUUCUAUAAUUAAGUGCCUUUUCAUUCUGGCACACACUGAAGAUCUUGUAAGAUUAAACUAUUACAACAUGCACUUGUAAUGUAAGGUUGUGGUUGCAUACUAGGUUAGAGAAUGGUAAGCUGAGUAAGGAGUUUUGAGGGUCUUUUAACUUUGGCAGUAUCACACCUAAUGUUUGCUGGUGCCACAUCACACACACACGCACACACACGCACACAGGUCAAGCGUUGUAAGCAUGAGACAGCAAAGUUUAGUGACAGUCUGUGUCUAUAAGAGGAGCUGAGAUUAGAAUUCCUCUCUCACAGCAUGACACACACACACACACACACACACACACACACACACACACACACACACACACACACACACACACACACACAUUCACACAUAUGGAGUGAAUGUAACCUGGGUACCUGAUGGCUAACAACUUGCUAUGUAUGUCUUGUGUUUGUUCAUGAAGCAGUAGCCAAUGAGUAGUAAUAGGUAGUUGUAAUUUAAUAAGGUCCACAUUUAUUUAUUCAUACUAGAAGAGAAUAUGAAAUCAAAUAUGUCCUUUGGGAGAAAGUAAAUGCAAAUAAAAUGUUCAAUCCACUGAUAUUUAAGAAGUAAAACAAUUCAUCCUUAAUUUACUAGGACAAGAAUGAUAAUGAUUAUGGUGAUGGUGGUGGUGGUGGUAAUGAUGACUAGCCAAAAUGACCCAUACCUUACUUGUGUUUCUUGUUUAUCUGGUCCCACUCUGCUAAGUGCUCUACAGGACCCACCUAUCUUAUUUUUUCAUCAUUUUAUGUAUAACUGUUAAUCAGGUGAAGAAUUGCACAACAUAUCCUUCAACAAUGGUCAAGUCCUCCAAAAUCAAAAUGUUCUGAGAAUAAAUAGAUCUUCCCCA